AGUCACAUACAUAACCUUCCCACUGCAUGCUAUUCUCGGGAUUCACACGUAGGAUCACAUCGAGAAUCAACACAUCCAUCCCUCGCUUCCAGCCUCACCUGUACCCCGCCUAUUCGACCAGAGCUGAAUACAAGAACAAAAUGUCUACCGGGUUCGAAGCCGAGAGAGCUAGGAUCACCGAGCUCGCCGAGGCCAUCAAGCAAUUGAAAACGGAUGGUAAACCAUGCGAUGUCGAGUUGAAGGAGAUGUUGGACCUCAAGAAGAAGGUCGGGCAGUCUACGGGGAAGAAGGAUUCCGGCAAGGGAAAGAUCCAGCUCAAGACCCCCAAGGGAACGCUCGACCACGGCCCUUCUGCCACCCUGCUCCGAAAACAGAUCUUCAACACGCUCGAGAACAUUUUCCUCAAGCACGGAGCGAGCACGAUCGAUACCCCCGUCUUCGAGCUGAAGGACAUCUUGGCCGGAAAGUACGGCGAGGAUUCCAAGUUGAUCUACGAUCUGCAGGAUCAAGGUGGAGAGCUCUGUUCGUUGAGGUACGACCUUACCGUUCCGUUCGCUAGGUACUUGGCCAUGAACGCUCAACCUUCAAUGAAGAGGUACCAUAUCGGCAAGGUGUACCGAAGAGAUCAACCCGUGAUGAGCAAAGGUCGUAUGAGAGAGUUCUACCAAUGUGAUUUCGACAUCGCCGGAGCAUACGACGCCAUGGUUCCCGAUGCCGAGGUGCUUUACAUUGCCUGUGAAGCUUUGACUGCGCUGGAUAUCGGAGAAUUCACUAUCAAGCUGAACCACCGAAAGAUCCUCGACGGGAUCUUCGAGCUAGCCGGAGUCCCCGCUGACAAGACCCGAGCGAUCUCUUCGGCCGUGGACAAGCUCGACAAGGCUCCCUGGACCGAGGUCAGGAAGGAGAUGACGAUAGACAAGGGUCUGGAUGGGGUGAUCGCUGACAAGAUCGGAGAGUACGUCGGACUGAAAGGAAAAGGUUGGGAAGUCCUCGAGAAACUCAAAUCGGACGACAAGUUGACGGCGGUCAAGUCGGCCAAGGAAGGCCUGGCGGAUAUGGAGCUCCUCUUUGGGUACCUGGAUGUCAUGGGCGUGCUCGACAAGAUGUCAUUUGACAUGAGUCUCGCUCGAGGUCUCGAUUACUACACUGGAAUCAUCUACGAGGCGAUCCACCAGUCCUCGGCUCCUCCCGGUUUCAAGACCCAACCCGCCGUUCCUGCCGAAGCCUCAUCAUCGGCACCUGCACCGUCGAAACCUAAGAAAGCCGGGGAAGAGGACGAGGUUGACGAAUCCACCGUCGGGGUCGGUUCCAUCGCCGCUGGAGGUCGAUAUGACGAGCUCGUCGGCAUGUUCAGCGAGGCUGCUGGGGGGAAGAAGGGAGCGGGCAAGGUCCCCUGCGUGGGCAUCUCGGUCGGCGUAGAGAGGGUGUACAGUAUCCUCCUCCAGAAACGCAAGGAGAGGGAAGAAAGGGAAGCGAGGGGUAAAGAGACCGAGGUGUAUAUCGUCAGUAUGGGAGGGAACGGUCUGUUGAAGGAGCGGAUGGCUUUGGCCAAGGACUUGUGGGAUGGGGGAAUCAAGGCCGAGUUCAUGUACAAGAACAAGCCCAAGCCGAACGCCCAGCUCGACGCUUGUGACCGGGAUCAAACGCCGUUUACGGUCAUCCUCGGGCCCAGCGAGGUGGAGACGGGGACCGCCAAGGUCCGACGUCAGCUCGGAAAAGAGGGAGGGACUACCGAGGGAGAGACGGUCCAGCGGGCAGAGUUGGUCGAAUUUCUGAAGCGCAAGCUGGCAGAGUUGUAGAGCGAUAGGGACGCUCGCAUAAAAUAGAUAUGAUAUACACGUCAUCCCCCUCUUCGCGUCUAGUUUGUGACCGAGUCGGGGGCUGUUUCUUUUUUGAUAACAAAAGUGGAGGGAAGGGG